AUGUCUGUAGAUGAAGAGAAUCAGAAAUUCUACUGGAUGUCGGCAAUGCUGAUGUUGAAUUACGGGCUGUGUGGAAGGCAAAAAGAUCAGACCUUGGAGGUAUCUCUGGAGAUUUCAAAUCUACAGGAGGGGACCAGAAGAGUAUUUAAAAGCAAACAGCUGCCCUCACAAGAGCCUGUUAUAUUGCGGUUGCACUGGCUUGAGAACGAAGGAAGUUGGUCCCUUGCGGGGAUCCGUCCUCACAUCCUGGCGUUUGCCUGCAGCAAGAUGGCGGCGGUCUCAAUGUCAGGGGUGCUGAACCAGGCGGUGUGUUGGAGAAGGGCAGUAGGUGUAGCUGCUAUUUCCGUUUCCAGGGUCCCGACCAGGUUGUUGAGCACUUCCACAUGGAGGCUGGCACAGGACCAAAUUCAAGACACACAGCUCAUAACAGUUGAUGAAAAAUUGCCAAAGCUUAAUUUAAAUCCUGUGAAAAAAAUUGUUUCUUACAGGGCUGAUCCUUUGUCCAACAUGGUUCUAACCUUCAGUACGAAAGAAGAUGCAGUUUACUUUGCGGAAAAAAAUGGAUGGAGCUAUGACAUUGAAGAGAAGAAGGUUCCAAAACCCAAGUCCAAGUCUUAUGGUGCAAACUUUUCUUGGAACAAAAGAACAAGAGUAUCCACCAAAUAGGUUGGCACUGACUGUAUCUCUGUACUUGACUGUGAAUAAAGUCAGCUGUGCAGUAUUUAUAGUCCAUGUAUAAUACAUUUCUUAAUCUCCUAAUAAAUUUGACCUUUAAGCUACAAA